ACAAUUUCUAUGUUUGUGUAAGUAAGGGUAAUUACGUUGCUAAACCAUUUAUAUGAAGUUGCAGAUUAUCUAGAAGAAAUUUGAGGGUGAAGAAUAAGGAGCCAUGGCAGAUGAUGAUAAGUCUAUUGCUCUCACUGCUGUUAUCAAGGAAGCUGUUGAUCUGGAAAACAUACCUCUAGAGGAAGUGUUUGAUCAUCUUAAAUGUACAAGAGAAGGUUUGAGUGCAGAUGCUGUUCAAGAGCGGGUGGCUAUGUUUGGAUACAAUAAACUCGAAGAGAAAAAGGAGAACAAAAUACUCAAGUUUUUGGGGUUUAUGUGGAACCCGCUUUCAUGGGUGAUGGAAGCAGCGGCUAUAAUGUCUAUUGCAUUGGCCAACGGAGGGGGGAAGGGUCCAGAUGUUUAUGACUUUGCAGGGAUCAUAGCAUUGCUUAUUAUCAACUCCACCAUUAGUUUUAUCGAGGAAAACAAUGCUGGCAAUGCUGCUGCCGCUCUUAUGGCUCGUUUAGCUCCAAAAGCCAAGGUCUUGCGAGAUGGAAAAUGGAGUGAGGAAGAUGCUUCGAUGUUGGUUCCUGGUGAUAUCGUUAGUAUCAAAUUAGGAGACAUUAUUCCAGCCGAUGCUCGUCUCCUGGAAGGCGAUCCACUAAAGAUUGAUCAGUCUGCUCUCACCGGAGAAUCCCUUCCUGUAACCAAGAAUCCCGGUGAUGGUGUUUACUCAGGUUCAACCUGUAAGCAAGGUGAAAUCGAAGCAGUUGUUAUUGCAACUGGAGUUCAUACUUUCUUUGGAAAGGCAGCUCAUCUUGUUGAAAACACAACACAUGUUGGGCAUUUCCAGCAGGUUCUGACUUCCAUAGGAAACUUCUGCAUUUGCUCGAUUGCCAUCGGGAUGGUUAUAGAAAUUAUUGCAAUAUAUGGGAUUCAAGAAAGAGGCUAUCGAACCGGGAUUGAUAAUCUACUCGUUUUGCUAAUUGGUGGCAUUCCAAUUGCCAUGCCAACCGUUCUUUCUGUCACCAUGGCUAUAGGCUCUCACCGUUUAUCACAACAGGGUGCCAUAACAAAGAGAAUGACUGCCAUCGAGGAGAUGGCCGGGAUGGAUGUGCUGUGCAGUGAUAAAACUGGCACUCUCACACUCAACAAGCUUAGUGUUGAUAAGAACUUGAUUGAGGUUUUUCCCAAAAAUAUCGACAAAGAUACGGUGGUAUUGUAUGCUGCAAUGGCGUCGAGGCUAGAAAAUCAAGAUGCCAUUGAUGCUGCUAUCGUUUCAAUGCUCUCAGAUCCCAAGGAGGCUCGAGCUGGGAUCACCGAAGUUCACUUCCUCCCAUUCAAUCCAACCGACAAAAGGACCGCUCUGACAUACACUGAUAAAGCCGGGAAAAUGCACCGAGUAAGCAAGGGGGCACCCGAGCAGAUUCUUAAUCUAGCUCAUAAUAAGAAAGAAAUCGAGCGCAAGGUGCACACUAUUAUUGACAGAUUUGCGGAACGUGGGCUGCGUUCUCUUGGAGUUGCUUACCAGGCAGUACCCGAGGGCACGAAAGAGAGCCCAGGUGGCCCGUGGGAGUUCGUUGGCCUUCUCCCGCUUUUUGAUCCUCCUCGCCACGACAGUGCUGAAACCAUCAGUCGUGCGCUUGAUCUUGGUGUAAGUGUCAAGAUGAUCACAGGUGACCAAUUGGCGAUUGCUAAGGAAACGGGACGAAGGCUCGGAAUGGGCACGAAUAUGUACCCUUCGUCUUCGUUGCUCGGGCAAACAAAGGACGAGGCAGUUGCAACUCUGCCAGUGGAUGAACUGAUCGAGAAGGCCGAUGGAUUUGCUGGUGUUUUUCCCGAGCAUAAGUACGAGAUUGUGAAGAAGCUACAGGCUCGAAAACACAUUUGUGGAAUGACGGGUGAUGGUGUAAACGAUGCCCCGGCCUUAAAGAUUGCAGACAUUGGUAUCGCGGUCGCAGAUUCUACUGACGCUGCUCGUAGCGCGUCUGACAUAGUCCUAACCGAGCCCGGUUUAAGUGUCAUCAUCAGUGCAGUCUUAACCAGCAGGGCAAUCUUCCAAAGAAUGAAAAACUACACGAUAUAUGCUGUGUCCAUCACUAUCCGUAUUGUUCUAGGAUUCAUGCUGCUGACUGUGUUUUGGAAAUUUGAUUUCCCCCCUUUUAUGGUUCUUGUCAUUGCAAUCCUCAACGAUGGUACAAUCAUGACAAUAUCGAAAGAUAGGGUGAAACCUUCUCCAGUUCCAGACAGUUGGAAGCUGAGCGAGAUCUUCACCACUGGGAUUGUUCUAGGUGCCUAUAUGGCUUUAAUGACUGUCAUAUUCUUCUGGCUUGCAUAUGAAACUAAUUUCUUUGAGAAAGCUUUUGGUGUGCAGGAUUUCAAUAGGCACCAUUUUGAUAUGGAAAAUGAUGAGGAUGUAGCCAAGAAGCUUAAAGAACAUUUGGCAUCUGCUCUGUAUCUUCAAGUCAGCACCAUUAGCCAGGCCUUAAUUUUUGUGACUCGCUCUAGGGGCUUUUCUUUCACAGAACGACCUGGUCUUCUCCUUGUUACAGCCUUCAUCAUUGCUCAGCUGAUUGCAACUGUUAUAUCAGCAACUGCAGAUUGGGGUUUUGCAGGGAUCAGAAACAUAGGAUGGGGUUGGACUGGUGUGAUCUGGUUGUACAACAUUGUCACUUACAUGCUUCUUGAUCCUAUCAAACUCGCUGUCCGAUAUGCACUGAGUGGGAGAGCCUGGGGGCUAGUAGUGAACAAAAGAACUGCAUUCUCGAGCACAAAGGACUUUGGAAGAGAAGUUCGAGAGGCGGCGUGGGCUGCUGAGCAGAGAACACUGCAUGGGCUUGAUGGAGGGGAGACCAAAUUGUUUUCAGACCGCACCACGUUCAAGGAAAUCAGCCUUAUUGCAGAAGAAGCCAGAAAGCGCGCUGAGAUUGCAAGGCUGAGAGAGAUUCAUACACUGAAAGGGAGGGUGGAGUCUUCGGCCAAGCUAAGGGGUUUUGACAUUGAAGCCAUGAACAAUCACUACACUCUUUGACUUACUUCAUUUCAACAUCUUUUUUACUUUAUCAAUCUUUGUAUGGUGUGAAGAAACAUAUAUGCUUUGCAAGCGAUUGAGGAAAUGCCUCUUCGAAAUUGCAACGGAUGACAAAGGGGAAACAGAAAAAAACAUUGCAUUUAAUCAACAACUAAUAACAAAAUUUCUUCGUCUUCC